CUCCUUCCGAUUAAGACAUAAGUCAUCCUAAUAUAUUUGUGUUGGAUCACCUGCGCCGAGUGCAAUCUUCUGGUUCACAAUAAUUCUUCCCAGAAUCAGCGCCGCAAAUCGCCUAAACACCAUGACGACCAAUUCCAGAGAUAAAAAUUCAGUGGACGAAAGGGAAGAAAACAUCUUCCGUCUUCUUCCAAACUUGAUUGGCUAUGCACGAGUCGUUUUCGCUAUUGCUUCACUUCAUUAUAUGCCUUAUCAUCCACGAACCUGUUCGCUCCUAUAUAGCGUUUCAUGUCUCCUAGAUGCCUUGGAUGGGGCGGCUGCUCGGCGCCUUGGCCAAUCAACGCAGUUUGGCGCCGUCCUGGACAUGAUCAUUGAUCGAUGCACAACAACUUGCCUAUUGGUAUUCCUCGCAACCGCGUUUCCCAGAUGGAGCAUGGUCUUUCAAGCCUUGAUUAGCUUGGACUAUUCGAGCCACUACAUCCAUAUGUAUGCUACCCUAGCAAUGGGUGGACAGCGUCAAAGUCAUAAAGAUAUUGACCAAAGUCGGCCCUGGGUCAUGAGAGCAUAUUACUCUAAUCGUAAAGUUCUGUUUACUGUCUGCGCAAUGAAUGAGGCAUUUUUCAUUGCGCUGUAUUUGCUUUCAUUUUCUUCGCCACUACUCAUGCCUCCACUGAAGAACAGCGAAGCAAGCUUUGCAACAGCCUCCCAAAUAUGGGGAUCGUCUUGGAGUGCUGGGGCUAUGGAAAUGGCUCGUGCCAAUAAAAUCAGCAGUUCAGUGCCAUGGUUCAUACUUACCAUCUCAUCACUAUUCAUGCUCUUCAAGCAGUAUGUGAAUGUCAUACAACUAGUUGAAGCGAGUAGAUGGCUAGCACAGGGCGAUGUUGAGACGAGGAGGACACGCUUGCUUCGAAAAAAAAACUUGAAUGACUUGGCUGAUAUACGAUCUGAAUAUUUCCGCAAUAAUACAGUGCAUCUCAGGCCUACAAUUGUGCCUUGUUUUGGAUAAAUAUGGUUACAGAGAACAGCGAUGGCAGGAAUAAGAACUUUGC